AUGGAUCAAUGGGGCCGCGUACAAAGUUUCGAGCUGCGACUCCGACGACGCGAGGCCUUACGAGUUCGUGGAGAGCUAGCUGAAGCGGGCCGAUCUGAUAUUCGGGAAUCGGGUAGACGCCGGCCUAGGGUCCAGGCCGGACCAUCACCGGCGUGGUUACAACGUGAAAUCGGCCGAGGAAAGUCGUUUAACGAGAUUCGGGAACCUGAUCAGCCGAAUUCGGGAUCACCUGGCGCAGAUGCAGCAAGCGCAACCAUUGCAUGA